AAGCAUGACCAAGAACGAGUGCAAGGCACAUGCAUGAACACCCACGGUGAUCCUAUAUAUCCAGUUACAUUGGAGAGAAUCAAUUGAGGAAGUAGUACUGUUCAAGAGAAGAGAGAGACCAGUGCUUGCAAUGGAGAGAGGCUCAGUAUCAAUCUGUCUAGUUAUCACCUUGUUGGCAUUCUACUUCUUGGUUCCCUCUAAUGCUAUACCUCUCUCAAGAGUGCAGAGGCUGGUUCCCUUGCAGCAUGCCGGUGAGGUGCCAUGGGCUGAAGAAAGCACUCCAAAGCCAAAGAUAGAUACGGGUCGAGUGAUCCCAGAGGAUGGCGCGGAGGUUAUCAGUGCGAGGAUGGCGCUGGAAACGCAGGACUACGCGCCAUCGGGCCCGAACAACCACCACAAGCCACCGGGUUGGAACUGAGCUAGCGAAGCUAGGCCGCCACUUUGGUCAAUUACUCGGUGAUUUAAUUUAGUUAAUCGCUCGGUGUUGUGCUAGUGUGUGCUUGGUGUGAUGCUCACGGUCUUAAAAUUAGCUGGUACUUAUUGGGAAUAGUUGCAGUCGGAUCGACGAUUGAUUCGAUGUAUGCUAGAAAAAAGCCAAAUUAUGCUACUAUUGUAAGAGUCAUGUUUAAUUGAGAUACGACGAUAUUAAUUAAUAGGAAAAUAUGAGGAGCAAGUGUGUUUGCGUGA